AUGUUUGAGAUAUUGAAUUUGAUCCUGCAAAAUGUCGAAGAAGUCGUUUUAAAGAGGGUUUGUUUUUUUCUCGCGAGGCGGCAGCGGACGUCGCCUAGCCCCCAGCGAACAGCCGCCCUCCGCGAACGGACGGAUAAGGCAUGCGCCACCUUCCCUGCCCUACCCAAGGCCACCACGUCGCCCCACCGCCAUUUUCCAAAGCUGGCACCGCCCUCCACCGGCCAUUCCCUUCCUAUCCUGAGCCACCACCACCGGCGUCCCCACCGACUCCAUCUCCCCCCUUUGCGUGACCGCCACCGCCGCUUCGAUCUCCUCUCGGCCGCCAUCCUCCACCAACCCCGCCACCGCUGCUGUAGCCGCCCGACCACUGCCAACCCACUGACACCGCCCCGUUUCUACGAUCGCCGUAACCCUCAACGAUAUUCGUUUUCCCCUUCGCUCUUUAGAAAAUCAAACCCACCUAUUAUCUAAGUUUUAUUUUAAUUUUUAUAAAAAAAAAACUACUUUUUAUUGCCCCGGGCUAUGGUAUAAGCAACGGGACGGAUUCCCCAGUAACGAUGGUACUUGUGACGCUAGCCGUCUGAUCGGACCCGUCUGCUUCCCGAUAAAGAAUCUCAAUUUUGAGAGACUAUUAACUUGUUAUACCAUAAUUUUAGAUGCUAUAAAAGUACCUUCAAUGUAAUUUUAUCAGUUCUAUUAAUAAUUAAUAGUCAUUCAUAAUUUAUUUAUUUUGUAUUGACAUAGAGAUAGAUUGGUAGGACUAUUGAAAAUAAGUGAAUCAUCUUUUACAAUAUUUUAGAUGUUAUAAAAGUUUCCACGGCCGUAACCGAGUUAGUAUUUGAGUGUGAAAUUGUCAUAAUAGAUUUUGGAUUUAAAUACAAUAUUUUAGAUGUUAUAAAAGUUUCCACGGUUGUAACCGAGUUAGUAUUUGAGUGUGAAAUUAUCAUAAUAGAUUUUGG